UCCCUUUUCUCUGCUUACUGUCCAUCUCUCCUCUCUUUAUCCUUUAUUUCUGUCUUAUGCAUAGUCUGUAUGAUUGAUUACCUGAUGAUGCUGUGAUCCUUUAGAGAGAGAGGAAGUGUAGUGGAGACUUUUACAGAAGAGAGAUGGGAAAAGAUCAGUUGCAGAGUGCAGGAGUUGUAAAGGACUGAAAGAAACAAAGAAUUGGCCGGGGGAGGAGAAAUGGAGGACUGGGGGAAUGGAGUGACUGAGAACAUACCGAAAAAAAGAGAGCGAGAAAGAGCAGGAAGACCGAAAGAGGGUGGAGGACAUAACCAAGGCGAAGACAAUCAUUUUCAUUUGAGGAAUCAGGAAAUGGAAGAUAUCCUAAUUUAAAAAAAAGACUUAAUGUUUUUUUAAUGUACAACUUCCAAGUACAAGGUUAACUCAAAUAAGAAAUAAUUGGAAUAGGAAUAAUUCAAAAUUAAUAAAAUCUCACCGGUGCUCUGAAGCACAAGGUGAUCGAGAGGCAGAUAGGGUUGUUAAACACAGUAUGCUGUAAGGAGCAGCUGAAAACUUGAGUGUGUGUGUGUGCGUGCAUGCCUGCGUGUGUGUCUGUGUGCGCAUGUGAAGAAAGCGUAGUGCAGUGUAGUCUUAUAGGGAAAUAGCACAUUAUUUCCUGCAGCCGUGCAACAACUGUGCUUGGUAGAAGCAGUGGAGCAGCAGAACGCUGCACACAUUGUCAGAGGGCAGUGGCUAUCGUAGGUAACGGCCCAGUCUCUCAGUGCAUUCACGCCGCACAGGACACAGCAGUGGAAGGUUUCACUUGGAGCCAGACAUAGCCCCUGGUGGUGAGACGAUGACAUCGCAUGGGAAACUGAAGAGGGAGAAAGGGAGUCUGGCAGAGUAUGAAACCCAGAUUAAAGAGGUACGCAAUCAGCUCUCGGAGCAGCUGAAGGUUCUGGAUGCGCAGCUGGAGCAGAAAACACAGCAGCUGCAGGACAUGAGUGACUACCUGCGCAGACGUGGGGAGAUCGAGGGGGAAUACGCUCGAGCGCUUGACAAACUGACCGAGCGCUUCACCAAGGUCAAAAGGAAGGAGCAGAGUGAGCUGUCUGUGGCUCAGUGCUGGUCAGUUCUGCUGGCCCAGACUCGGCAGGACAGCCGGGACCACGGAGCCAUGAGCGAGUACUGCAGCAACAACCUGACACAGCGGCUCUCUCACUGCACGGAGGACACGUACCGGCUGGCCAAACGCAGUAAGGAAGUUGGGCUUCAGAUACAGGAUGAGCUUCUCAAGGUCACCUCAGAGCUACAGCUGGCCCUGAAGACCUACCACCAGUACCAUACUGACUACCUCUCUGCAGAGGGCAAGCUCAAGGAAGCCAUGCGAUUGGAGGAACGGAAGACUGGCAAAGCCACUGACCUGGGAGUCAUCAGCCAAUCAGGAGGGCAGAGACGGAGCUCAGUCAAGAAAAUGGACAGGUUGAUGGAAAAGAGACUGGGGAAAGUCCAGGAGAUGCAGUUGAAGUGCACUAAAGCUCGGAAUGACUACCUGCUGAGCUUGGCUGCUGCCAACGCCUCCAUGAACAAAUACUACUUGCAGGACAUCUGCACCAUCAUUGAUUGUACGGACCUGGGCUACCAUCUCUCGUUGUCGCGGGUGAUGCACGGCUUUUUGUCCAGCCGCCACCGGAUCCAGGAGAACCUAAAGAAUGGACUGCAGCAGCUGGAGGGUGCUAUUACCGGGUUGGACCAGAACCAAGACCGGGACGCUCUGCUGCAGGCGCACAAUGCAACAUUCUGCCUGCCCUUCCGAUUUCAGUACCAGCCUCACGAGGGAGACGAGGUGUGUGAGGUUAGUGCGGAAUGCCAGGUGAGAUACGAGCUGGACACUCGAUUCCAGCAGUUGCAGUCCAGACUGGCAGCCAUCACUCUGGAGACCGAGGAGGUCAGUAAAACCCUGCGAGCCACUCAUGCUGCCCUCCUGGAGAACAUCUCUGAUGAUGACUGCAACCUCCCCCCUGACAACACCGUAGGCCAACCACAGGAGGGUGACGCCCCCAGCAGCAAGCUGAGCAUGCUCAAACGGCGGGCCAAUCAGCAGGAGACAGAAGGCUACUACUUCACUAAAGUGAAGGAGCAGCUCAGCGGCAGCUCUCUCAUGUCUAAGCUGCAGGCCAAACACGACCUGCUGAAGGAGGCCAUACACAAAGCUGAAGCAAUUGACAGUGAUCCCUCCAGAACACACUCCAGCAGGUCGGUGCGUGUGCGGAAGUCUCGGCCCUGCUCCCAGUACCACCACAAACUCUUCACUGGAGACAUGCUCUCCUUCAUCCAGAGCUCUGGCCAGCCCAUCCCCCUGGUGGUGGAAAACUGCAUCCGCUUCAUCAACCUUCAUGGUCUUCACCAUGAGGGGAUAUUCAGAGUGCCGGGAUCUCAAAGUGUGGUCGCCCACAUCAGAGAUGCCUUUGAGAGAGGGGAGGAUCCCCUAACGGACAGUGAUUGUGACAUUGACUCGGUGGCUGGCGUGCUGAAGCUCUACUUCAGAGGCCUGGAGAAACCGCUUUUCCCUGAGGAGAGCUUCAGCCAGCUCAUGGAAUGCGUCCAGAUCGAGAGCGAGACGGAGAGAGCAACGCACAUAAAGUCAGUCAUCUCCUCCUUCCCCCAGCCCAUCGUCAUCGUUAUGCGAUACCUCUUUGCCUUCCUCCACCACGUGUCCCAGUACAGUGAUGAGAACAUGAUGCAGCCGUAUAACCUGGCGGUUUGCUUCGGGCCCAGCCUGCUGAGGGGGGCGGAGACUGGCGAUGCCGUCACUCUACAGCCCCAGAUCAAUGCUCUCGUCAAGACCAUGAUCCUCCAGCAUGAGGUCAUCUUCCCUGGCCCACUCGAGCUGCAGGGGCCCGUAUAUGAGAAAUGCAUGACGCUGGAACAGGAGUACUGUGAGCCAAUCACGGAGGAGGGGGAGGGAGAGUCUGAACACCCGCACAGCGAAGACAUAGAUUGCGAUGCGGUGGCCAUGUUUGAUUACGUCGCCCGCUCGACAGCAGAGCUGUCAUUCAAGCAAGGUGACCACCUACUGCUGCACUGCAAGGCGUCUCCCGAUUGGUGGAAAGGUGAAGUGGGUGGAGUCAAAGGGCUCAUCCCUCACAAGUACAUCAGUGUAUCUGAUGGGGGGGGUCACCAGCCAGAACGAGGAAGGAGAGAGGACAGCCGAGGCGGCAGCACAGGGAAUCUGAGUGAGGAGAAGCAGCUGGCUGAACAAGGCACCCGGCUGCGGGUGAACAGUGACAGUGCAUCUCUCCCCAGCAGACAGAAAGGGGGCGGUAGCUGCAGCCCUGUGCGCAAACUGCCCCAGCACCUGCCCGAGGGCCGGCUCAUUCUGCCCCACUCGCCCGGCCUGGGCCGCCAGCACGCAGGACUCCAGGAGAGGAGGAACACUCUGGAGAGUGUGAGACAGAUGGGCCAACCGGACAGACAGACGGUUCAGGUUGACAAGGAGGUUAGCCGGCAGAUGAACUCUGUCUUUAAGGAGCUUCUCGCUCGGCAGCCCCCCCCCGACACCGCCACCCCUGCCCCUGCAGUGGCAUCUUCCCCGCCGCCUUCCGCGCCCCGCUCCUCCCAGAAAAAGGGCGGGUUUGGCCUCAGGGGGAGGGACCUGUUCAAGCCGGCCAAACCGCAGGACUGACCGGGGCAGGGAGAGACGAAGAAGAGGAGGGGAAGACUGGAUAACGGAGGAAGAGUUCUUUAAACAGGGAAUUAACAAUGACCAGUCACUGGUAUUUCUGAGCUGUAGGGCUGUAAAAAAAAGCAGAUUUUAUUUUAUCUCUUCUUCCAGACUUUUUCAAGAGUUGUAGUGUCUCCUUGUUUUAUAUUUCACUCCAUGAUCUGUACAAUGCAGUGCCAGUCAGUGCAGUCUCCACCAUCGUGAUACACUCGCACUAGGAUGUGUCUCCAUAGAGACCAGCUCCCGUCAAAGAUUUAUCAAUGAGAGGUAGAGGUAGCCCUUUUAUGAGAAGGUAUCCUCUGUGAUUGUAUAUAUAGAAGAGAAGGGAGGGGUGAAAGAUAUUUCCUCAUUGUUUUAACAGAGGUGGUGUCUGCCAUCUUUUCCUUCUCAGUGUUUUAAAACUCAAAAUGUCAGGAGUUACUAAGAGCAGAAGGCAACUGAAUUCCCAAGGACUGGAACCAACCUAUCCAUGACUUACAGGCCUGUUUCCAUGGAAUGGUGUAACAAUAACUGUAAUUAUAACUAAACUAGAAAUCACUUGCUGUUGUUCAAACCGGCUUUAUCGAUGUGCAUAGCUGUGAGCCAACACACACAUGCUUCUAUGGGCAGAGGCAGUGCACAGCAGUGAUUUCAUUUUGUCAUUAGAAAUGUGUUUUGAAAAUGACUGAAUUCUUUUUGUUUUUUAUUAUUAUUGCAAUCAUUGUACCGUACGCACCUUUAUUAAUGUGAAUGGGAGUGGUUUUUAUAAUCUAGUUAUUGUUACAAUUAUGGUUCCAGGUUGGACCGUGCUGUAGCAUUCUCACCAUGUGACUGUAAUGUGGAGGGAAUGCUGGGAAACAGUGAAAAGUCGUGAAGCUGCUCCACUAUGAUGUAGACAGCUGAUAGUGUGUUUUUUUUCUUUAUCCUGGAUAUUGCUUUCAUUGUAAAUUGAAAUCAUGCGUGACAUUUAAGUGAUUUAACUGAUGAUUUGUGUUAUAUGUGCAGUGCUUCAUAUGGUGCCAAAAACGAAUCGGACCAGGUUCUGUGCAUGUUUAGGAACUUUCUCCCCCCAGUUUUGUGGACAUUUAAAGGAAAUGUGUGGUUUGCCUUUGUUCGCCAUGAGAAUUUGGGACUGGCCAAUAGGAACAAGGCAAAUUGGGUACAUUUCAGGGGCAGGUACCGAGCUCAUCUGUACCCUGUUGCAGGCUUAAUGUCUCCGGACUAACAGAGAGCACUUGAACUUUCCUAGGAUGGAUUCAAAUGUUUAUUACUGGCCAAGCACAAGGGGAACAUAGCCACCCUAUUGUUUUUGUUUGUUUUUUAAAUGAAUUUAUUUAGGGUACCUUAUAAACACCCUGCUGAAAACACCCUGUUAUUGGGUGCCCAAACACAGGAGUUUUUGUGCAAUCUGUUUUACUGCCAUUUCGUUCCUCAAAUACCUGUGAUAUUAGGGAGUUUGUGAAGUUUUUUUCAGAGGGAGGUGGCACAGGAAGGUGUAUUUGAGCCAAAAUGGAGGCGUUGCCAUGGGCCCUUUACGGGGCUUGGCCACUUUUUUUAACGGCAAACUCUUCAUCAUCCUUCCAUCUUCUUUCAUGUUGCCUCCUUUGUUCCAAAGUAAAUGUAAAUUCCCAGAGUGAGGUAGUCUUGACAAACAGUGACUCUGAUUGCAGAGAUUGGCCGUAUGGGAGCCCUGUAAAAGAAGAUGAUUUACACAGCUUGCUCUGUCUGUGUCAGUCCUCACUAUUAAAAUACCUUUUCAUUAGAUAUUCUGCCAAAAAAUGCUGUGUACUAUCCUGUUUGAGGUGUGUAAAAUAAUUUUAAGGUCGAAGAUGUGGGCAUCAUUAGGCAGUUAAUUUGUGCCACUUGCACACAUUAUGAAAAUGAAUAUAGUGUUCACUGUCGAUCAGUGACAAACACUGAACCACAUGAUGGACUGAGGGUCCUAAGACGGCUGCCAGUCCUCAACUUUACUGUGCUGGCCUCCAAAAAUUUUCCAUAUAGCUACUUAAGUGUUUAUUGGUUUAAUAGAAUGUUUUAUUUUGUUUUAUUAUAUUAUUAUACAUUUAUUAUAAUUCAGUUUACUCCCUGACUUUUUAAAAUUAAUCUGUGACUAUAGUGCAGUGCAAAUGAAAUUACAUUUAUUGUUAAAAAUGUAUUGUUCAGAGUAAAAUAAGGGUCACAGAGAAGCCAAAUGGCUCAAUUUCAUGUCAUUUCAUUCACAGGAACAGAGGGAAGAUUAGCCCUUUGUUUUGGGGCGAAAGGUUUUAUGGGAACACCUCAGAUUUGGUGUCACUUGCACAUCAGUGUUUAACUCCCUGGUGUGGUGGCGAGCAGAUUGACAAUGACACAUACACAUUCUCUGCACCCAUAUUCCUGCUGGGCUGGGCUAGGCUAAGCUAGGCUAGGGUAGUGUGCAUUCUCUGCACCUGUGUUCCUGCUGGGCUGGGCUAGGCUAAGCUAGGCUAGGGUAGUGUGCAUUCUCUGCACCCGUGUUCCUGCUGGGCUGGGCUAGGCUAGGCUAGGCUAGGCUAAGCUAGGCUAGGGUAGUGUGCAUUCGCUCCACACUAUAGCGUGCUCGGGCCACAGCGUUGCUGAGGGAUGCAGGGCCCAGAUCGAGGGUCGAGCAUAGCGCUCUGAGAGCAAGCGAGACAAAAGUGGGAAAUCUAUACACUGUGAAAACAAGAGUUGAGGGGAAGAUUCUACUUCCACAUUUUCUGAGCCACAACACACAAAUUGUUUCCUAACUUUGUGCACAACCCACAGCGAGAUUCACUAGCGUAUGUGCGAUCCAGCUCACGCACACUUUUUCUCUCCUCGUUCUGUGAUGUCUGUCACUCAAGUUAUUGUUGUUUAAGAAAUAUAAUGAUAAUAAAUGAUAUAGAUUCUGA